UCGAAGCUCUAAGAGUCCUUCAGGGCUCUCAAAACGUCGUCGUCAUGCACGAGUUCUUCUGGAACGACGAUGAUGAAGAUGCUGUGAUCGUGCUCGAGUUUUUCAGGACAGACCUCGCUGCCGUGAUCGCGGAAGCUGCUGCUGCUGGUGGUGGCCGUGGUUUUGAUGUCGGUGAGGUGAAGAGGUGGAUGAUGCAGGUGCUUAGUGGUGUGGAUGCUUGCCAUAGGAACAUGAUCGUCCAUAGAGACUUGAAGCCUUCCAAUUUCUUGGUUUCAGAUCAUGGAGUGCUCAAAUUGGCCCAUUUCGGACAGGCAAGGAUAAUUAUGGAGCCUGGAUUUGACUCUACAGAGGAGAACCCACCACCACCAUAUGAGCAUGAUUAUACUUCUUCAGUUCCGGAGAGCUCAUCAAUUGAACAUCCUUCAUCAUCAGAGGCUUUUCCUCAUGACCAAGGGACCAUAAAUCAUGAAGAGUAUUUCAGAGUUCUAGAAGAAAUGAAAACCAAGAAUACCAUAUAUGACACUGAUAAGGACCCAAACAUCCAAGAUGGAAACACCUCUUGUCUUGCAACUUGCACAACAAGUAACACUGAUGAUGGCGAUGAUGAUCUCUGGAAGGCUUCGUUGACAUUUGAAGCAGCGGAGGAGGAAGAAAGGAGGAAUGAACUCGACUGUUGCCUCACACCACGUGUUGGAACUCGGUGGUAUAAGGCUCCUGAAUUGCUCUAUGGAUCCACAGAUUAUGGUUUAGAGGUUGAUCUAUGGUCUUUAGGGUGUAUAUUUGCGGAAUUGCUAACGUUGAAGCCUUUGUUUCCUGGAACAUCUGAUAUAGAUCAAUUGAGUAGGAUCGUUAGUGUUUUGGGAAACAUUGAUGGAGAAUCUUGGCCUGGUUGUUCUAAGCUUCCUGAUCAUGCAACAAUGUCGUUUGGUAAUGUGGAGAGGCCUAUUGGUUUUGAAGAGUGCAUGAAGAAUUGCGGAAAGGAUCAAGUGUCUAUGAUAAAGAAACUUGUUUGUUAUGAUCCAGCUAGGAGGGCCACAACAAUGGAGAUGCUUCAUGAUAAGUUCUUUAGUGAAGAGCCUUGAAUAUUAUUUUUUAAAGGUAUUUGUAUAUGAAAAUGAAUUCAAGGUGGACCAUAUUCCUUCGAUGCCCCAUUGUUAGAAUUAAUUACCAUUUGUACCUAUAAACACUGACAAAUGCAUCUAUAUAAAAAUAAAACGACAAUUGCAAUCACGAAAGAUAGCCUCUGUGUGCUAAAUGUACCCAGACGUUAGUUACGUAAUUGGUCCGUUAGGAUACUCUUAACACACGAAAGUCAUCUUGUGUGGUUACAGUUGUCGUUUUAUUCUUAUAUAGGUACAUUUGUAUCUUUUAUUGAUAGAAAUGGUAAUUUAUUCGCCAUUGUUAUUUGUGACUUUGAAUUGGUAUUUUACUAUUUUGUAUUUUGCUGAA